CUUUAAUCAUCUGCUCACCAUCCUGCGCCAUCCCAACAUUGUGACAGUACAUAACACUCGCCACACAGUAUCCUACGCGGCAUAUACACCCACAUCCACGGCGAAUCCAGUGCGAUGCACCUGCUCAUCCUCGGCGGGACCGGUCCUGCCGGCAUCAAGACGAUCGAAGAGGCGCUGACAGCCGCCCAUACCCUGGUCCUCUAUGCUCGCUCGCCUGGAAAGUUCCCAGACGCGAUUGCUACGCAUCCAGCCGUAACCGUAGUCGAAGGACAGCUCACCGACCGCGAGAAACUCACCGAAGCCAUGCGCGGAGUCGAUGCUGUACUCUCAGCGCUCGGGCCCUCGACUAAAUCGGGCCCCUUCCACCCCAGCGAUACUCCCCUCGCGCACGCAUACAGCCUCGUUAUCGCCGUGAUGAAGGAGCAGGGCGUCAGCCGCCUCAUCGCGCUGGGCACGGCGAGCAUGAAGGACGAGCACGACCGGUUCAGCAUCGUCUUCGCCGCUCUCGUGAGCGGGGUCGCCCUCUUCGCGCGUAACGCGUACAAGGACGUGGUCGCCGUGGGCGAAGUGAUCAGGACGGAGGGGGCGGAUCUGCAGUGGACGAUCGUGAGGGUGCCGAUCCUGACGGACAACGACACUACGGAAGUCGUGGCAGGAUAUGUCGGCGAUGGGAAGACCAAGACAACGCUCGCCAGGGCUGGGUUCGCGCAUUUCUUGGUCACGGAGCUGGAGAAAGGAGAAUGGUGCCAGAAAGCCCCGCUCAUCUCGUCGCCUUGAUAUACUCAGCCAAGGGCUCUGGCAGGAUUCCCUGCGGUGUCGUGCAUGUGGCAGCCUCCGACGAGCCUCUUUCGUAUCAUACUAGUGUUUGUUCUUUUGUCGAGUCAGGGAGGGCAUCAGCUGGCUGGUGUUUCGGAAUCGAAAGUGUUCAUAUGCGAG